AUGCGCGCUGGAAGCCUUCUGGCGCCAGGCGUCAACAGCGACCUCGAAGUUGUAGACAGCCACGGAGCUUUCAGCACGCCUUUGCCAGGUCUCUCAGCUGACGAUGUCGCAAGCCCGCUGUUCGAAACACAGCUAAUGGACCUCGACACUGCGGAAGACCUGCGAGCCGUUUCAAGCUUGAUCAACCCCCAGAGCGCCGAUGGCUGCAUCGAAAAACCUACAGUUGUCAAGGAAGACAUCGCUAGCGCCAAUGGCAAUUCUGUUGACGCCACAAUGGAUUGUAGCCAUGGAGAACUGCAGCUGACUGAAGAAGAGGCCUCCAGUGCUGCCGAAGUUUCUGAGGAAUUGCCAGGAGAUGGUCGGAUCCCAAGUCCAGCUCCACAAGCUGAACUUGAUCAGCCGCAGGUCAAUUUGGGCACGUCAAUGCUCGGUCUGAAGAAUCCUGCAAGCAAAAUUAAUCCUCUCUUGCGAAAAGUGCGGGAGUUCAUACUGCAGAAAUCACAGGGUCAAGAGUCUGUCACAACCGUGGCACCAGCUCCUGACGGUAUGCCCAAGUCCUCAAUGGGCCUCCCAAAGCCUCGAGAGGUCACUAUGGCUCCGCCCCGGUCCAAGCCACAAACGGACCCCGCAGCUGCUGCUUUUGCAGCUAAGAAGAGGCAGUAUAAGAAAGACCAGAAGGCGGGCAAGAUAGACAUGGAAGCUGAAAUCAUCUUUAUGAGGCUUCAGAGUGAAGAAGAUACUCGCCUGAAGAUGCUGGCUCAGGAACAGGAGUAUGAGGAAGGCGGCAGCAAAGAUCGCGAUGACCCCUUCGUGUCUGCCCUCGAAGAUACCUCGCAGUCAGAAAGCGGAGGACCUGUCAGUCGUAAGCGCCCUCGCAGUCCCGAUGAAGCUGAAGAAGUCGAUGAAGACGCCGAGCCCAACUCCGAGGAGGAUCACAAUGGCCCGUCUAAAUCGAAGCAGCACAAGAAGCCAAAGUUCGGCGUAAGAGCUAAGCGCUACCAGCCGCCAAAGCGCGACAUUGAAGAAAGCAUGGCCGUUGCACUGGACGAUGAAGUUCAGCCAAAAAAGGGGCGUGGCAAGAGUAUCAAGGGUAAUGAUCCAAAUACUGGCAGCAAGUUUAGCAAGAAGCCGGCACACCCAUCCAACGCCAAAAACACCAAUCCGAAACCAAAGGCUCCCAGGCGGCCUCGCGCUAAGAAAGCAGCAAAGGAUGGUGAUGAUGGUGACAAGACCACCUCCAACAGGCGCCUGCGUGCUGAUGGUCCAGACAUGGCGGACGUACCGAGUCUCUUGACGAGUGACGUUUUCAAGGAUGCAGCAGGCAACGAAGGGCGUGCGGAUCAACCUACAUUCACCAACACUCGUAAGGACCAAGCCUUGAAAGAACUCAUAGCGUCCGUCCCAGAAGAUGUUCGGAAGACCGCGCAAAUCACCAAAAACUACCUAUUGGCCGCUACGAAGGACUUUAUGGGUCGCGGUGCCGUCAAGGCCGACGGAAAGGGCGGCUGGUUGGUGAACGGAAUGGAGAGCUCUUUGAAGCAUUACCAGUUGUUGGGCGCGUCCUUUAUGCGUAGGAGGGAAAUUGCCGUCGACCCGCAAGGCGGGCUCUGCGCGGACCAGAUGGGGCUGGGCAAAACGGUCAUGAUGAUUGCGAACAUUGUCAAUGGUCGUCCUCCCAUAAACAGCCGCAAGCCGAAAACUACUUUGAUCGUGGCACCCUCCGGGCUAAUGGGACAAUGGUUUCAGGAGAUUGGGAGGCAUUGCAAGAAAGACCGCUACGGCCGACCAAUCCUCAGCGUGGUCAAACACUUCGGAAAUAAAAAAGUUGACUCCACAAGCACGGCGGAAGACUUACAGGAGUACGACGUGGUCCUUACUACCUACACCGAGGUUCUGAGAUCCUAUCCGAAAUGCGAUGUGCCGCUUGAAUGCCAGACAAAGGAAGAGAAGGCCGCAUACUGGAAGAACUUCUACGAGAAGAACAGGGGCGUCCUUCACCGGAUCAAGUUUCUACGAAUUGUUCUGGACGAGGCUCAAGCGAUCAAGAACUACAAAUCCAGAACCUCCAUCGCCUGCCGUGGCUUGAUGGCAGAGAAGCGCUGGGCCAUGUCUGGCACACCGAUCCAGAACUCGAUCUCGGAGCUUUAUCCAUACUUCAAGUUCCUGCGAGUACCUCAUACCGGGACGUAUCGUAUCUUCCAGCAGAACUUUGCAGCACUCGAGAGCAAUGAUCAGGAUAAGGUCGACCGUCUGCUUGUUACUCUUUCGAAGUUCAUGAUUAGGCGCACUCAUAUGGACACUCUGUUCAACGCUCCUCUUGUGAAGCUUCCUGCUGCUGCGCAGAACGUCCAAUGGGUUCGGUUCAACGACCUAGAGCGUGGUGUCUAUGAGAUUGUCCACAAGCGCAUCGUGGAACGCAUCAACGGCUUUUCGAGAGACAGCACUCUCCAGAAGCACUACUCCCAUAUAUUUGUUCUGCUCCUUAGACUUCGGCAAGUGUGCUGUAGUAUACUUCUAGCCGAACAUGUUAUGCGCGACCUUCUCACAUUCGAGGAUCACGAGAAACUGCGUACUCUCGCCGACUCGGAAGCAGAAGAGAAACAUUCUGCCGACCGCGAGGCUCAAAUAGUGACAUUCCGUAAGUUACUAGCAGAAGCUAAGGCCCAGACUCCUGGCGCAGAAACCCCUCAAGGUGCAGCUCCUACGCCCAUUGCAGAGGCCGCGGACACUACGGGUUCUUCCACAGCCGCAGGGCCUUCAACUGAAGGAUCGUCUCCGCCAUCGCCAGCAGCUGAGAUGGGUCGUGGUCGCGCUUUCGGCCUCACCUAUGACUUCAGAAAAUACCUCAGACAGCUGAGAAGCGGAAAGCAGUGGGAUGAACUUCAAGAUCGGACCUUGUGCUACAAAUGCCGCCAAAAUCCAACUCAACCAUGGAUAACCAGCUGCUACCAUGUCUACUGUAGAGAAUGUCUAGAAGAGAUGCAGUGGGAAGCAUCUCAGAAGGAUGAAGACCGUGCGAAGUGUAUGGAGUGCGCUAGCGUCUAUACAGAGGUUAAGCCUUGUGGGGAGAUCGACUUCGAAGAGCUUCUUGACAACGAAGACUCCCCUUCGGAAACCGACCACUCUCAACAGUCGGCCAAGCCCAGCGGUAAGCGUGGCAAGAACAAGAAUGCCCCGGAAGUUCAGCCAAGGGAUUGGAUUGCCUUAGCAGGCGACAUGCUGCCUUCAGUGAAGACCAUUGCGAUCAAAGCCCAGCUACUCAAUUGGCUGGAAGGCGACAGCGGCGUAAAGGUCAUCGUGUACUCACAGUUCCUUGACAUGAUCAGAAUUAUGUCAAGGAUUUGCGAUACCGAGCGCUGGGGUUAUGAAACGUACCAUGGCAACAUGACAUUCGACGCCCGCGAGAAAGCUCUCCAGGAGUUUGCGGACAACCCGGACACCCGGGUUCUCCUCGCUUCGUUGAAAUGCGGCGGCACUGGCCUCAAUCUCACGAUGGCGUCGCGAGUCAUCGUAGUGGAUCCAUGGUGGAAUAGUUCCGUAGCUUUCUGCCGCGUUUUCCGCAUCGGUCAGGAGCGGGAGACGUCUCUGACUCGCCUCGUUGUCGAGAACACAGUCGAAGAGAACAUGCAUAAUAUGCAGAAGCGGAAGGACCUCGAGAUCAACCGCGUCAUGGAGGACGGCGGAGGAACGAGGCACAAAUUGUCAAUCAAAGAGCUGAUGCGUCUUUUCGGACCCGUCCGGGAGGACGAGGAAGGCAAGCCUUUCAUUCUCGUGGACGACAAGGAGACCUUCCCAAUGGUUGGCGCGGACAGUGAAGAUGAGGAUAUGGCGGAUUCGCCGUAG